CGCCCCUUGUCAGUCUAGAAGCGAAAUGCUGAGCGCAAUGGACUACUGCGUCUAAUAUCCAAAGAUCCGGUGGAACGAGGCGGAUGGACGUAUUUUUCCCAUCAUUUACGCGCAGAUUUCUUCAUUAUUUUGCGCUCCGAUAGCGUUUAAAAAUGCCUUUUCCACCGAUAAACCUGCACUCUCGGAUAUCAUCGCCAAGAAAGGAGCUGUUCAGGAAAAAGAAGAGCAGGGACAAUGUCGCGCCUCCUCAACCCACGUUCAGUCAAAGGACAGGAGACGACAAGGAAUCGGAGAAAGAUAAACUAUCCACAUCGUGGUCAUCGGCCAAUUUAAAGCCGCUGGGGCGAAGCAAGGCGACCCGAGUCCCUCCAGAUCCCGAGACGGACAGCAAACAUUCGUGGUUGAGCGUCCCCAAACCCUUGGCUACCUCAUGCGAAAGCGUCCCAAGGUCCAGUUCUGGAGAGUCCAGCCAUAAAUACGCCUCCAGGACCUCUCUAGCAAAAGAAGAAGGCGAGCAAGAGAUCCACUUCUCCCUCAGCCUGACUCCCGAAGCCAUCCUGGUCAUCCAAAAGCGCAAUCUGGAAAAGCAGAUGAUGGCCAAGCAGCAGAAGUGUUGCGCUUCCGCGGACUUGAGACACCGGCGGGUUUUCCCAUCCAAGAGAGCUCAGGGCAGCUCCAGUAAUAAGAGCUCAGGACCUGUUGCCAAACUGGACGGUUCCAAUGACAUUAGCACCAUUGUCAAGAUCUCUCUCCUCAACGAUCAGUACAAAUAUGAUGAUGUGGAGUACGAGGAGGAGGAUGGAGACGUGGACGAGACUGUCAUGAGGAAAUGUAAAGAGUGGCUCAAAGGUGUGGAAAGUGCUGCUGCUUUUGGGAAAGUUGAUAAACUGUCAUCUUUGCCUCAUCUUAAAAGUUGAUAACCUGAACUACUUCAUUCCACAAAGAAAGGUCCACUGUGAAGACUUCAGUUCACGAGUUUUGUGUCAAACGCAAAGUCACCUGAUAUGCUUUUAGAAAUAAUGUUGUCUGAAGGGUCAUUCACACAGAACGCGUUCUUGCGUUGAAACACAGCUGGACAGAGGGUAACGUAUAGAAUAUAGAGACGCCUUUGUAAAAGUUGGACAUUUUCAACUGGACACAUCGUCUUAAAGCGCAAGGCUCAUGUGUGUUUGGUGCCUGUGUACAUAGAGAAACAAUUAAAAACAACGCAAACGACAAGAAAGAACGCGUCCUGUGUACGUAUGGGUCUCGCACACAGGCUGCGUUCUUGUGACACCUGAAAGCGCAAUAGUGGACUUUUUUUUUUUUUUUUUUGACGUGACUGUGCAACUUAAAAUCUUAGCAUAGACCUAUAUACACACUAGGCACUAAAAAAUGCGUCGCAGUGUUUACACAGACCAACAAUUAAACCAAAUUAGAGAAGAUGUGUUUAAAGAGUGCGUUAUAUGCGAACGCUCCGCGUUCCAUUAUUGGAAUGGAACAGAACGCAGAGGCGUUUUAAAAAAAUGAAUGUUUCCAUCUUUACACGCCAUUUAAACGUGAUGGCGCAAGGCAAUGCACUGGCCAGCGCGUCCAUAUAACGCAGCGCACAUAAAGCAAAAAUAAAUGUCGGACUGAACGCAAGAACGCGUCCUUAGCGUAGCCUACACACACUCCGCUUUCUUAUUGGACUGACUGGAAUGUUUUUUUCUGCAUUGAGAAGUAUCGCUGAUGACUCAGAGAAUUUUUGCAGGUUACCUUUACACAUUGACUGAGAAGCAGUAGUGUUUUUGCACAUUGCUAUUGUUUUCACUUUGAUGGGCUGAAUGACAGAUGUUUGUUUUAAUAUGUGGAAGUAAUACGGAGAAUUAACGGGAAAAAGGAUGCGAAUGUCGACCAGCGAAAUGCAUCAAGAGGCCACGGUCCUUCCUUUGUGCCAGAAAACAAUAGCUGUCAAGGCGACACUGUCUGAAAGCCUUAGAAUAGACACUUAAUAUCUGGGACUUGUUAAAAGUUUGUGUGUAAUAUGGACUCGAGGACUGUUUGAUUGACGAACCAGCCGUGUACAGUAUUUAUUUUGCAAUGUGGAGGUGUGUUUAUAUGCUGUGUGUUGUUCCAAGUCAUUUUUAAGGGUUCUGAUAAUAAAAUUGAAAAGACAUGUU